CCCAUUUGUGUUUCCCCUUUCUCACUCCUCAUUCCUUCCGCGUCUCCUCUCUCUCUCUCCUCUCUCGGUUCUCUCUUCUCGGGGCCUUCGUUGCACGCCAAAUGUCUUUGGAUCUCAACAAGAAUAGUUGGUCCACCACUAAGGAGUUUGGGUUAAUGAACCGAGGGAGGCUUUGGUGUUCGUGGAAAAUCUUGUUUCGGCAUUGGACUUGACCAAGAACAGUUUUUUGUUUUUUUGUUUUGUUUUGUUCAUUCUGUGAAGAAAAAAAAAAAAUACUACAUUGGAUACAAAAGAAAUCGACCGUUGAUUGAUUAAGGUUGUAAGAGACUUGCCUUUAUUCACUUCUCGUGAGGAAAUUCCAAAUUUUGGAUCACUUUAUUAAGCGGUUGUUCGUUCUUCGGUGCGUUUCGCGAUGGGGAAAACAUUGCUGUCCCCGGGUUUUCGGUUUCAUCCGACGGAUGUUGAGCUUGUCAAAUACUACUUGAAGAGGAAGAUACUAGGGAGAAAGUUACAUUUUGAAGCGAUUUCUGAGGUUGAUAUUUACAAGUACGCUCCUUGGGAUCUUCCAGAUAAAGCUUGUCUGGACAGUAAAGAUCUGAAGUGGUACUUCUUCUGUCCAAGGGAGAAGAAAUACGCGAGUGGGGCGAGAAUGAAACGAGCUACUGAGUUUGGGUACUGGAAAACUACAGGAAAAGAUAGGCCUGUUAACUACAACGGUGAGGUUGUUGGAAUGAUAAAAACUCUGGUCUUCCACACUGGUCGAGCACCAAAAGGGGAUAGGACAGAUUGGGUUAUGCACGAGUAUAUGCUUCAAGAAAAAAAUCUGGCGGACAGAGGUGUUGUGCAGGACUCAUAUGUGCUAUGCAUGGUUUUCAAGAAAGAGGGUCCAGGACCAAGAAAUGGUGCCCAAUAUGGUGCACCCUUUAGAGAAGAAGACUGGACCGAUCAUGAAGAAGAUAACUGUGCAGAAGUGGGGCCUUCUGCGAUAGUGACUUUCCAAAACAACUUACUGCCUAAUAGAAAUCUUGUUGCUUGUAACUCACAUACUCUCGAGAGUACUGGGAAUGUGUUUUCACCAGAAUCAUGUGUAUCUGAUAUGGUACCACCUAGUUCUGAGGUGACACUGCCAGUUUCUGCUAAUGAUGAUCCAGUAGAGAGGGUUGAGAGUUUUGAUGAUGAUGACAUUCUGGAGAUGUUGGGUUACUUUAUAGAAGGAGAACCUUUCGAAGUGAAUGGAAAUAAUCAAAAUAAGGAUGCUAACAAUGUCAACCACGUUGAUCCUGCUACUGUGGCUGCUCCUCAUGAUGGAACCGAUAUCUUUAAAGAUUUAGCCGACUUGGACAACUUGGCUUAUGGAUUUCAUUUCUCUAAUGCACAUAUAACCCCUUCUUUUGACGAGGCUUUUCCUACUGGUGAUGACCGUUCCUUUCUGGAACUAGUUGAUCUUGACGCGCCUCUGAGCCGCCCUGCCGGAGCUUCUGAAGAUGAUAUUAAUACUUUUCCUGCCGUACAGCUUUCUAUGUGGCCGCAUACUGCUCACAACUUGGAUGGAUUCUGAUCUUUUUCGCUCCAACACUGCUGCACAGAAUCUCUCUGAUGUAGGACAGUUGGAUUCCUAUUAGGAUCUUAGGGUCCGUUUGGUUCAUGGAUUCAAAUUAUGUGAUUAGAAUCAUUUUCGAUUUACGUGUAUUUUUUGUGAGAGAAAAUACUGUAGCGAAUCACGAAUCAUGAUUCGAAUUAGGGAAUGAAUUUAGGUACCAAACGGCUUAUUAGUAAGUUUUUUAUUUCCGGGAUUUAUAUUUAUUAUCAGAUUUUGAUUACGAAUUUAAUAUAUAGUUUAAUUUCUGCUAGGAUUCUUAAGUAGGCCAUAAUUAUCAGCCUAUAAAUAAGGCUUCAUUAUGUUAUUACAUUCAGUUUUUCUUCAUUAUUAUUAACAAAGUUCAGAGCUA